AUGAAAACAAAUGCAUUUGAAAAAAAAAAAAAGAGUAAUAAAAAAAGAAAUAUUAUAAGAACAAAAAAUUGUAGAAAUUUACCACCAUCAACAGAUUCAAAUGAUAGGUAUAAUAACAUUUUAAAUUAUUAUAAAAAUGAAAAAAAAACAAAUAAAUUUAUUGAUAAAAGAAAAAUCAAAAGUAUCUAUAAAAAUAGAAAAUCUGAAAAAAAAAAUAUUUUUAAUUUAAACGAUGACUUCUUAUUAAAAGAUAAGCAUAUAAGUACAAAUGAUAUACAUUCAGAAAGUAUACAAUAUGAUAGUUCAAAAAUUGGUGAUGAAAAGAUAAAAGAUAAUUUAAAUAAUAUAAAGAGAAGUAACAUAAAUAAUUCAAUACAAGAAAGAAUUAAUCAGAAAAAAUUAAAGCAACUUAAAAAAUUUGAAAUAAAAGAGAAACUACGUGAAAUAGAUGAACAUUUUGAAGACAUUAAAAAAAGUGUACUUUGUUUAAAUAAUAAAAAUAAUGAAAUAAAAAAUAGAUAUUCAGUAAAUAUAAAAAAAAAAUUAAACGACAUUUUAGAUAAAUAUAAUGAAUCAGAAAAACCUAUAGAAGAGAAAAAAAAUAAUUAUAUUAAAGAAGAUAGUUUUAAAGAAUAUUUAAAGAAUAAAACAGAAGAUCAAUUAAUAAAUUCAAAUAAUAAAAAUAUAAAAAAAAAGAUUCACAAAAUUGAAAAGGAGGAAAAUAAAAAGGACAAUGAGAUUUUAAAGAAAAAUGAUAAAAAGAUAGAUGUUAAUGAAUAUAAAAAAAGAAAAAUACAAGGUAAGGGAGAAGAAGAAGAAGAAGAACAAGAAGAAGAACAAGAAGAAGAACAGGAAGAACAAGAAGAAGAACAGGAAGAAGAACAGGAAGAAGAGGAAGAAGAAGAGGAAGAAGAGGAAGAAGAACAAGAAAAGGAAGAAAUAGAAGAACAGGAAGAAGAACAGGAAGAAGAGGAAGAAGAAGAGGAAGAAGAAGAGGAAGAAGAGGAAGAAGAACAAGAAAAGGAAGAAAUAGAAGAACAAGAAGAAGAACAAGAAAAGGAAGAAAUAGAAGAACAAGAACAAGAAGAAGAAGAACAAGAAGAAGAACAACAAGAAAAAGAAGAACAACAACAAGAACAAGAAAAAGAAGAAGAACAAGAAGAUGAAAAAGAGGAGGAAAAAGAGAAAGAGAAAAAAGAAAAAAAAAAUGAGAGAAAAAUAAAAGAUAAUCAAUUUUCCCCAUGUCCAAAUGAUUUACAAGAGAAUGAAUUAACCAAUAUUGAAAGUGAUAAAAAUAAAUUAUAUACGUAUGACAAUCAAAAUUAUAAAAAUAAAGAAUCAUAUGUAUUUUCUGAAGAAAAAAAGGAAUUUAAAGAUUCAUAUAAUAUAGAUUAUGAUUCUGUUGAUUAUUUUUCUGAUGAAAGUGAUAAUGAAAUUAUAAAUGAUAUAUUUAAAAAAGAAUUGCCAUUAAGAGAAACAAAAAAUAUAUCAAACGAUAAAAUAAAAAAAAUGAUAGACAAAUUUUUAAUUAAUGAUAAUAAAAAUAUUUGUAACUAUUUUUUUAAUGAUUUAGAAGAAGAAAAAAAUAACUUACCAAUAUAUAUAUCUAUUGAGAAUAAGGAAUAUGAACUGAAAGAUGUUAUACAUUUGCUAGAUUCUCACAGUUUUAGUUCACAAAAAAAAUUAUUAUAUAGAAUAUACUAUAUAAAUAUGUUUAAUAAAAAAAAAAAAGAGAAUAUAUUUCACUCUUCUUUUUUUUUCUCAUUAAUGGAUUAUUUCAUACUUAAUAUAUACAAAUGCUUAAAAUAUAAUUUGAAAUUAGUAGAUUUAAUUAGAAAUUAUAAAGAUAUCAUUAUAGACUUUUCUUCUGAAUUAAAAACAGAGUUGCAUUUAUAUAUUUCCUUCUUAUUAUUAAUUCUUUUUUGUAAAAUUCAAAGAAGAAUUAAAGCAAUUAAAUUUUAUAAAAGUAAAAAAAAGGUUUUAGAGGACUAUAUUGAUUUAAAUAAGAAUAAUGAAGACAAGAAAUAUAAUGUUAAAGUUUACUCAAAAAUAUUAAAAAGUGCUGAAUUAUUUGAAUACAUUUUUGAAAAAUAUAGUGAAGCUCAUAAUAUAUCAUAUAUUCAUUUCUCUUUAAUUUUUUUAACAUUAACCAUGUACCCAAUAAAUAAAUACAAUGUUAUUUUUUCUAAUAGUCAAAAGGAUAACAUGGAAACAAUAAUUAAUGAUUAUUUAUUAGAUAUAAAUAAAAACAGCGUAGAAGAUGAAAAACUUUUGAAUAAAUGUCUAUAUUUGAAGGAGAAUAAUUUCACUGGACAAGAUGAAAAACAUCCCUUUAUAACUUAUAUUAUUGAAUUAAUUGAAUUUACCUUUUUUAAUUAUUUUUAUUCUUAUAAUACCAAUUUAAUUCAUGAAAGUGUUUUUCAAAAUUAUGACUAUAUAUUUAAUAAUGAUACAUAUUCUAAUUUUAAUAAUAUUAAUGAAUGUAUUAAAAAUAUUGAAAACAAAUUUUCAUAUAAGUGCUUUGAAAAUGAUAUAAGUAAUAUUAAAGGUGAAGAUGAAGAAAAGAAAAAAAAUGAAAUAGUAAAUUAUCUGGGAAAAUUUAAUAAAAAAAAAGAAUUAAAAAAUGCAAUUAUUCUACUAAAUAUCUAUAAUAUAGUUAUAGAAAAUAGUAAAAAAUAUAGUCAGAGCUUUUUUUAUUUGUCACUAAAAAUUCUGAAUACACUCUUGUAUAAUAUUACAUAUGAAAAGCAAAAAAAAAAUGAAAAUGCAGAAAAAAAAGAGAACUGUUAUACAAAUAAAAAAAAAUAUAAAAAAAAUAAAAAUUACUUAUACAAAUUAUCUUUUUUUACUUUAAGAAAUUUGUUUUUGUUUUUAAAAAUAUAUAUAGAAAAUGAAAUUAAUAUUUAUAUUUUAAUAAAUCAUAUAAUUAUUCCAAGUUUAUUUUAUUUGUAUAUUAAUUUUUUAAAAUUUGUAAUCAAUUUUAAUAUAAAAAUUGAUUUUGUAAAAUUAAUUAAUAAAUUUAAAAGUGUGAAUAUCACAGAAGAUUUAUUUAAAAAUAAUGAUUUUAUCCAAUGCAAAAAUAAUCAGAAAUAUUUUAUGUUGUUAUUACAUUUAUUUAAAUUAAUUCAGUAUUCUCAUAUUUACGAUAUUAAACCCAUAGUAUAUAAAGAUAAUAGCAAAAAUGUCAUAACAUUAUUUACUCCAAGAUAUGUUAACAAUAAAAAUCAGAAAGAUUUCAUUUUUAUGCAUAAUAAUCAAACAAAAUUGUUAGAAAUGAAAUCUUUAAAAAAAAAGAUGAAACAACAGAAAAAAUUAGACUACAAUGAAUUAAAAAAGGAAAACAAUUUUAUUAUAGGAUUAAAAUCAAAAGAAGAAUAUGAAAGAAAAAGAAGAAAUAAAGAAAGAUAUAAAAAAGUAAAAUCAAUGGCACAGCAAGACAUAGAAGAAUAUAAUAAAAUGAAAACUUACACCCAUUAA